ACUCUCUCCCUCUCCAGCUCUCCAUUUUUUUCAUAACGAGGAUUUCUCCCUCAUUCAUUCCUCUCAUUAAUCUUUUCAUUCUCUUCCACUGGAGACUUCAACAUGACGACAGACAAGCAAGAGAAGAGGAGGCCGCCGUUCUGCAUCAACGACCACACCGACAUCCUCGUCGAGGUCCUCAAGCGCCUCGACGGCCGCUCCCUAUGCGCCGCCGCCUGCGUCUGCCGCCUCUGGCGCGCCCUCGCCGACGCCGACUCCGUCUGGGAGCACCUCUGCCUCCGCCGAGUCCCCUCCCUCCCCUCCUCCUCCCCCGGCGUACGCCCCGUCGUCUCCGCCCUCGGCGGCUACCGCCGCCUCUACAUGCUAUGCGUCCGCCACCUCCUCACCCGGCUCAGUAACGACCCUGGCAGCAGGUGGCGGGCAUCGUCGGCCUGGGACGAGCUGCAGCUCUCGCUGUCCCUCUUCUGCGUCGACUACUACGAGCGGCUCGGUGGCCGGUUCGGCGACAGCGCGGCGUCUUCUUCACUCAUGUUUCUCUGCAAGCCCGUGAACGUAUGAUGUGCUGAUAUUUUCCGGAGUUUGACCGUUGGCGAGGAGUGAUUCUAUUUAUUUAUUUUUCUUUUUUUUCCCCAACUUUUAGCCAGAAUAAAAGUAAAAAAAAUAAAAUUAAGUGAGGUCCAGUCAGUCAGUCCAUUACUAUAGCAAUUUUUAUUUUUGGUAGGAUAUGUAAUACAAAUAAUACCAUAUUAAUUAUUUAUUAUUCUUAGGUUGUUGACAAAUUAAUCUUUUGUAUCAUGCUUGGAGAAUAUCAAUAUAUAAUGGAGUUUGACUUGUGUUC